AUUUCUUGUGUUUUGUUUCAUUCGAUUUUGGCCAUCCAAAUUGCAGAUAUUUUUGGAAUUUAAAAUAAAAAAAUAACCACCAACAACGAUGUCAUAUUCAACAAGAUCAAAACGUAAAAUCACAACGACAACAACUACAACCGAAAAUGAUGAUAAUAAAAUGGAAAAAUUAUCAUUGAAAAAGAAUGCUCAACCACUGUCUACCACCGCUAUUCCUACGACGAUGAUGAAAAUCGAAAAUGAUAGUGAAAUGGAUGAAGAUCCUGACGAUCCAGAAGAAGAAGAAGAAGACGAACAAGAUGAUGAUUCAAAUGAUGAAAAUGAAAACAUGGCCGAAGAAAUUGAAAUACAAGCUGAAGAAAGAUUAUUAUUUGAUGAUGUUACCAAUCAUCGUGAUGUGAAUGCCUUAAACGGUAUUAGUGAUCAUUAUUUUUUAAGAAAAUCAAAAUCUCGUUCAAAAAAACCAAAACAAAUGAAUGGUGAUGGCGACAAUCAUUGUGAAUUUUUUGAACAAUUUGAAAAAUCAAUUGAAAUGAUGAAUGAAAUGAAAUUUAUUGAAACUAUCGAAAUGGAAAUGGAACAAAUACGACGUGAAUUACAUAUCAAUCAUGAUGAACUAGAUAUGCAACGAUAUUUGCAACUAUUAAUGGAACGUUUCAACAUCAUACUAUAUGGUUAUGGAUCCAAAAUAAAAAUUCUACAACAUUUCAUCGAUAAUUAUCUUCAUGAUCGAUAUCAUUACAUUAUAAUACGUGGUUAUGAACCAGAAUUAACCAUGAAACAUAUUCUAAUCAUUCUGAAUCGACCAUUAGGUAAUGGUUUGGAUUCAUUGAUUAUGAAUCAUGAUAAAUUAUUCGAAGAAUUGAAUGAAAUGUUCAACGAUCAACAGCAGCAACAUCUAUUCAUUGUGAUUCAUUCAAUCGAUCGUUUAAUACAAGAAGAUCGUAAAAAUUUAAUGAAAAAUUUCUUGAUAAAACUUUUCACUAGCGUUCAUAACAUCCAUUUGAUAACAUCAGCUGAUACGGUGUAUGGUGAUUUUCUAUGGACCCAACAGGAACGUGAUCAGCUACGCUUACAUUCAAUGCCAUUGAAUACAUAUCAGCCAUAUAUCAUUGAAAGACGUUCGAUUAAUGGUGCACAUUCAUCAUUAUGGUGGUUACCAACAACAUCAUCACGUUCAAUAGGUUCCAGAAUGAUGUCAGCAAAUUUUUCAUCCGUUACCUAUGUAUAUGAAUCAUUGAAUGAUAAUGCAAAAAAGAUUUUCAUAAUUAUACUGAAACAUUUCCUGGAUAUGGGGAAAUCAUCACGAACAAUGAAAUUGGAUGAAUUAUAUCGAAUUUGUCGUGAAGAAUUUCUCACUAGUUCACUGUCAACAAUAAGACAACAAUUGACAGAAUUUAAAGAUCAUAAAUUAUUAAAAUUUAGUACCGACAUUGGUGGUAGUGAAUGUUUAUCAUUAUCAUUUGAUUUAGAUGUCGUGAGAAAAUUUCUUGAUUCAAUCAAUGAUUGAUUUAAU